CCCGCCAAAGAUAACCAUCACAUUUACAUUGAAGCCUCCCUCCACAAACCCCAGCCCUAACAUUUUUCUCUCUUCAAUCCCAAACUCAGGCGAACAGAGAAAUUAUGGCUUCCGACUCAUCUCCCGUCAACACUCGUCCAUCUACACCAGAUGACUCCAUUUCAAGUCCAAUUGGUAACACUUACUCUUCACCCGGAGACUCCGCUCGCCGGAAACGUGGACGUGGCCGCCGCUCAGCCACGUCAACACCAGCGUCAAAUCGUCGAGUCACAACUCCCGAGGCAACACCAACACCGUCCAGUACUAACCCUCCACGUGGCAGAAGAAGAGCACCCUCCAACACACCUUCUGUUGCUGCUACUCCGUCGUAUACAUCUGAUGUUCCUGAAGGUGAUGAUGCCGAUGAGGCCCCACCAAUGUAUGUGUGGGGCACUAAUAUAAGCGUACAAGAUGUUAACGCGGCGAUUCUUAGGUUUUUGAGGAAUUUCAGAGAGGAUAGUUCUCAAACUGAAGGGAAGUAUAUGAGGGCAAUUCAUCAUGUGAUUGAAAUGGAAGGCGAUUCGCUUGAUGUUGAUGCACAUGAUGUGUUUGAUUAUGACGGUGAUUUGUAUACUAAAAUGGUUAGGUUCCCACUUGAGGUUCUGGCAAUUUUUGACAUUGUGCUAAUGGAUAUGGUUAGUAGAAUUAACCCGCUAUUCGAGAAGCACAUACAAGCUAGAAUUUUCAAUCUUAAGACGUCGACUUCAAUGAGAAAUCUCAAUCCAUCUGAUAUUGAGAAGAUGGUGUCACUCAAAGGGAUGAUUAUCCGUUGUAGUGCAAUUAUUCCAGAGAUAAGGGAAGCAAUAUUUAGAUGUCUUGUUUGUGGAUAUUACUCUGACCCAAUUGUUGUAGAUAGAGGCAGGAUUAAUGAGCCAACAAUAUGCGGCAAGCAAGAAUGUCUUGCAAGGAACUCAAUGACUCUUGUUCACAAUAGAUGCAGGUUUGCUGAUAAACAAAUCGUGAGAGUUCAAGAAACACCCGAUGAGAUCCCUGAGGGAGGAACACCUCACACGGUAAGCUUGUUGAUGCAUGACAAGCUGGUGGAUGCUGGGAAGCCUGGUGACAGAGUUGAAGUCACUGGAAUAUAUCGUGCUAUGAGUGUAAGAAUCGGGUCUGCACAUAGGACUGUAAAAUCAUUGUUCAAGACUUACAUUGAUUGUCUUCAUCUGAAGAAGACUGACAAGUCAAGAAUGAAUGCAGAGGAUCCGAUGGAAAUUGAAAAUGGUGAUGAUGGAAAUGGCGAGUCUCUUGACCAUGAAGAAAAGGUGGAGAAAUUGAAAGAACUGUCUAGACAGCCGGAUAUUUAUGAAAGGCUGACCAAGUCCUUGGCACCAAACAUAUGGGAGUUGGAUGAUGUAAAGAAGGGCCUUCUAUGCCAGCUCUUUGGUGGAAAUGCAUUGAGCUUGACAUCUGGGGCAAGUUUCCGGGGUGAUAUCAACAUUCUUCUUGUUGGAGAUCCAGGGACCAGCAAAUCGCAGCUGCUCCAGUAUAUCCACAAACUGUCUCCUCGUGGUAUCUACACAAGUGGACGUGGAAGUUCAGCCGUGGGGUUGACUGCUUAUGUAGCCAAAGAUCCCGAGACUGGUGAAACUGUACUCGAGAGUGGGGCCCUUGUCCUGAGUGACAGAGGGAUCUGCUGUAUCGAUGAGUUUGACAAAAUGUCUGACAGUGCCAGGAGCAUGUUACAUGAAGUGAUGGAGCAACAAACUGUUUCAAUUGCAAAGGCUGGAAUUAUUGCUUCGCUUAAUGCGAGGACUUCAGUAUUGGCUUGUGCAAAUCCAAUUGGCUCACGUUACAAUCCCCGUUUAUCUGUCAUUGACAAUAUACACCUUCCACCUACCCUGUUGUCGAGAUUUGAUUUGAUAUAUUUAAUUCUAGACAAAGCGGAUGAGCAGACCGACAGGCGCCUUGCAAAGCACAUAGUUGCUUUACACUUUGAGAAUCCUGAGAACUCUGAGCAAGAAGUGAUUGACCUGCCAACAUUAGCUGCAUACUUGAGCUAUGCUCGAAAAAAUAUACAUCCACAGUUAUCUGAUGAAGCAGCUGAAGAAUUGACUAGAGGGUAUGUGGAGAUGAGAAGAAGAGGGAAUUUCCCAGGCAGCAGUAAAAAGGUUAUUACAGCCACACCAAGGCAGCUAGAGAGUUUAAUACGUCUUGGUGAAGCUCUUGCUCGGAUUCGUUUUUCAGAGAAGGUUGAGAAAAGGGAUGUAAUGGAGGCUUUUCGACUUCUAGAAGUUGCCUUGCAGCAGUCUGCAACUGACCAUGCUACAGGAACCAUUGACAUGGAUCUCAUCACAACUGGAGUAUCUGCAAGUGAACGGAUGAGAAGGGAGAAUUUGGUGUCAACCACCCGCAACAUAAUUAUGGAGAAGAUGCAGCUUGGGGGACCAUCGACUCGUUUGCUAGAGUUAUUGGAAGACGUGAAGAAGCAAAGUUCUGGUGGUGAAGUUCACCUAGCAGAUCUGCGAAAUGCACUUUCAACUCUCGCAACCGAAGGACUGGUUGUUGUUCAUGGUGACAAUGUGAAGAGAAUAUGAUGAGAGGAAAUCAGGAAGGAGAGGCUUUUUCAAAUUCUUUGCUGAAGAAACUGAGGUUGACAUGCACAUUGGCAUUAUUUGCUACAGAACUAACAGGCACUCGGCCAUAUCUGCGGUCUACUUCACCUUUGCCCUUUGAAACUGUUAGCAUAUUGUAAGAGCAAUGUGUAGAACUUCUCAAUGUAGUGUUUUGUCUUUGAACUUGAUCUAAAUUAAGUACUUGGGUGAACUUGAAACCUGAAAAUCUGUAUAUUAGAAAUUAGAUGAUACGUAGCGUGUGCAAUGUCGUUGGUUUUGGCGUAUAUCUAUCGAGAGUUAACAAAAAAGUAUUCAUUCAUAGGUUUA